UUUAGCUAUUAUACUCCUAAAUCAGGGAAAUUAACCCUUUUGCACGGCCAUUUCAUACACUACUUAAGAAGUUGACUUUAAAUAGUGAUUUUCUUCCGAAAAUUAUUUUGUUCUAAAUUUUGUUGUACUAAAAAAUGUUGGAGAAAUUAUUGGCAAAAUGUUGUGUAAAGUUUGAGAGGAAAAGAGUUGGAUUAUGGGUGCUUUUUAGCUUUGUUAUUGUCACCAUUAGCCUUUGUACAGUUCUCAAGUCUUACAUGGAUCCUCAAUCUAUUUGGGAAAUCAAUUUGAAGAGGCUUAAUUCCAACAAUAAGAAUACAGUUAAACUCGUUCCACACGACAGUUUCGAGCCAUUCCUAGCACCAAUGUGUAAUUUUUCAGGGGAAAAAUCGGAUUAUUGCGAGUUUAAUGGUGACAUAAGGAUCCAUGGAAAUUCUUCCUCCAUCUUUUUCAACUCACCUCAACUAGAAAACAUAGAGUUACAACAAAAUAGGACUUGGGGUAUCAAAAUUUAUGCUCGAAAAAUAGACGAGUAUGUCAUGGGACAGGCAAAAGAGUUGAAGCUUAAACCAGUAUCAUCAGUACAAGAAAUGCCUAAAUGUACUGUAAAUCAUUCAGUUCCGGCCAUUGUGUUCUCGACUGGUGGGUAUGGAGGCAACAUCUUCCACGACACGAGUGAUAUCUUGAUACCCCUUUAUCUUACAUCCCUGCAUUUCAACAGGGAAGUUCAAUUCUUAAUACAAGAUAAGCAUUAUUACUGGAAUGAACGGCACAAAGUUACACUGAAGGCACUGUCUAAGUACGAAAUUAUUGACUUAGAUCAUGACAAAGAGAUCAGAUGUUUUAAUAAUGCAAUUAUUGGUGUUAAAUCUCACCGAGAUUUUGGUAUUGAUCCUGAGAAAUUACCAUAUGGACUGACAUUAAGGAACUACACACAGUUCACAAGGAAAAUUUAUUCGUUACAGAGGGAUACCGCGAUUCAGAUGACUGCAGAGGAUGACAGGAAGCCGAGGUUACUGAUCAUUUCUAGGAAGAAAACUCGAACCAUAUUGAAUGAAAAUGAGAUAGUAGCCGAAGCUCAAAGAUUAGGCUACGAUGUAGUGGUUAUCGAUGCACGAAUGAACCUUAAGAACUUCUCCAAGAUAGUAAAUUCUGCUGAUGUGAUGCUUGGUGUUCAUGGAGCAGGACUAACUAACAUUCUUUACCUCCCCGAAAAUGCUGUCCUGAUUCAGGUAAUUCCUAUAGGACUGCAGUCGGUGUCGGAGAUCUUUUACGAACGUCCUGCUAGAAAUAUGAGUCUCAAGUACUUGGAGUAUGAGAUUAGUGUAAGGGAAAGCAGCCUCAUUCAACAAUAUCCGAUUAAACAUCAAGUAAUUACAGACCCGGAAAUAGCUAAAAAGGCGGGUUGGCCCGAGUUUAAGAAGAUUUAUUUGGAUAAUCAAGAUGUGAGGUUGGAUAUGAGAAAGUUUAGAACAGUUUUGGUAAAAGCGUUGGAACUUCUUCGUCAAUGAAGCUUAAGAUAUGUGCACAUUUGUAAUCUAUUGUGAAUUAAGCUUCCUUGUGCAACAUUGUAAAUGCAAAUACUUGUAAAUGCUUAAAAUAGUGAUUAGCAAAUGAAUUUGGAACAAAAUUUAUUUUGUAUUGUUAUACAAAA